GGUCUUUUCCCUGCUGUCUCCUGGCCUGGAGGGCCCUAGAGCUGCGCAACCCUCUCCAGUGCCUCAAACGAUAAAAUUUAAGGGUACAAAGAAAUAUUAGCUGGACACUGCGGCCGGCUAGUACAAGGGGACUUUAUCCCGGUCCAAUAAAUAACUGCUGCUCUUUGAAAUUACGCCUACCCUUUGACUUAUUCGUUUGCAUCUACUACUCUGCACCUACGGCACUUCGACUCUAGCUAGUUCAGUACUCAUCACAGUCCUUACCCAUCACCUCGGUUUACUGACACCUUGAUCUAACCGGUCUCAUUCUCUCCUUCCCGUCGUCACCCACCUCAGUAAAGAUGCUCUCCGCCGUUACAUUUAUUGUUGCCUUCUUCGCAUGCCUUCAAUCUCUCGUCCUCUCCGCGCCAAUUCCUUCGAAAGGGGUCCAGAAACGUUCAACGACUGGCGAGGCUACCUACUUCUACCUCGGCGUUGGCAAUUGCGGUUACGACGAUUCUGGCAAAGAUAGCGAAUACAUUAUCGCUUUAGACUCCACUACCUACGGCAGCGGCGAAUACUGCAACACUUAUGUCUCCAUUACAGACACCAGUACCGGAGUAACUGAGAAAGGUCUUGUAAGAGACUCAUGCCCGUCAUGCGGCGUUGGCAGCAUUGACAUGUCAACGGGACUUUUUACAGCCUUGGACGGUAGCACUGAUGCAGGCGUCUUUGCAAUGUCUUGGGAAUUCUCGUCCGACUAGUCAAGCUCUUAAAUGCUUGAUUCUCUUAUGCCUCUUUAUACCCCAAUUUUGUUCGUAGAAACUUUAGUUGCCAUCAGCGGGAAGAAAUAGGGCAAUUGCUUUCUGUAUAUAUUUAAAGCUAUGGACUUCUUUAGGAGUUUCUUAUCAGGUAGUGAUGUUGAAC